UGGUAAGUUAAGUCACUGAUAAGGAUAAGACCAGACAGGCCAAAGCUCAAGCUCCCUUACCUCCUUCCACGCGAGACGACUCCAGCAUCUAAAUUUAGCGCGGGGUCCCCCAUCUGUCGUCAUGGGCUGCCAAAUCUCCUCCUCUCGCCAACCCACAGCGCAAUCUGCAUCUGCAUCUGCAUCGACGGCAACUGCCACAUCUCCUUCAAACCCUCACAAGCAAGCAAACCGACGAGCCAACACCAUGGCCACCACCGCCGCCGCCGACAUCCCGACUGUCGAGCUCCUCUACAAGCUCGGCAAGCUUACGCCUUCGUCGCAGCCCCUCUACACCCCGAACGCGUCGCACAACCAAAAGGUUGCCGUCACCCGGGGCGACAUCACGCGGCUCGCCGUUGACGCCAUCGUCAACGCCGCAAACGGCUCCCUCCUCGGCGGUGGCGGCGUCGACGGCGCCAUCCAUCGCGCCGCCGGCCGCGGCCUCCUCCAGGAGUGCAAGACCCUGAACGGGUGCGCCACCGGCUCCGCCAAGAUCACGGGCGCCUACAACCUGCCCUGCAAGAAGGUCAUCCACACCGUCGGCCCUGUCUACGACGAGCUCAACCCGGCGCCCGCCCAGCAUCACCUCGAGAACUGCUACCGGACGAGCCUGGCCCUCGCCGUUCAGCACGGCUGCCGCACCGUCGCUUUCAGCGCCAUUAGCACCGGCAUUUACGGAUACCCCAGCUACGAGGCCGCGCCCAUUGCCGCCGAAGUUGUUAGAGACUUUCUCGACGGGGAAGACGGCGACAAGCUCGACAAGGUCAUCUUCUGCACCUUUGAGAUGAAGGACGUCAAUGCUUACAACGAGGCCCUCCCAGUCUUCUUCCCUCCCCCCGACCAGACCACUGCUCCCAAGCAGACAGACGACGGCCCGACCCAGAAGCAAGCCGACGAGGCCGAUGCCAUUGCCGCGGAGCUGCCCAGUGUCCCCAAGACCGAUCCCGCCCAAUAGACGAAGGAACAAAACGUACCACGACAGCAGGAUUCAGGAGAGCUGGUUGGCAGAGGCCAACUGCUAACGACGUCACGAAUGGAUGCAAUGACUUUCGGGGGUUCGCGGCGUUAGAACGGGGGAAAAGUAAGCCGUUUGGCAUAUGCCAUUUCCCAGGAUCAAGAGCGACGAUACCAAGAACUGGUCGACUUAAAUUAUUGUUCUUUUUUAGCAGUAGAGAAGGGUACUUUUGAGUGCCCAUCUUUCAUAAACUUUGAUUGUUUUAGGGCCCGUAUUCGGCCACGUUAAAUUAACUUCGCAAUGGAACCUUCCAAUCGCGGUAGGUGGUACUUCUUCGGGAAAUGACACACCCUAGCUGGGUGCCUUUUGGUAGAGUGAAAAACAUCAGAAUACGAGAAAAAGCUGUAGACAUCUGGGGAGUUC